AUGCCGAAGCUAUUAGUGGAAUUACUAGUAAAGUGGGUUAAUGUGAGGCGAAUACAGAAGAACGAAGAUUUCAAGGAGAAAAUAUGGAAGGAGUUGGAAGAAUUAUUUAGAGACAUGAUGGAAAAUAUAGAAGACAGCACGGAAACAGAGAAUUCGCUCUGUGGUAUGAAGGACGACAGUGACCGUAAAUAUAUAUUAAAGGAUAAUAAAAGUAAGGAAUUGUGCAAAAUUCUAUUAAGAAUAUUCUUUUGGAUGGGUGGAUUAAAGCUGGAAUGGAGGGGGAAAAGUGGUGUACGCUGGCAAUGGAAAUUAAAGCAGUGGAAGAACAACGAAGGUAAAGAGGAAAAAGAAUUACAGUCCUAUUUAAGGUGCUUAGUAGGAAGAGUAACCAUGAUGAAAAUGUUAAUACCACAUUGUAAGUUAGGUCACGUGGCAUCACAUGUUAAAGGAGCUGCAGAUGCGUAUAUAAAGGAACUUGAAGGUGUUGAACAUUAUGAUGUUUGUAAGGAAGUCGAUAUUAGCAGUGUUGGAAUGGGUAAGAAAUUCAUAUGGGGUGAAGCUCAAAAGUGGAUAAAUGAUUAUAGUACAAAGGGGAACCCAAGUAAAGGAGCAAAGGCAGUAAAGAAAGGGGAAAGUGCACUACACAACAUAAAUAAGGCAGGAACAACUUGUCCAGAAGAACAGGCGAAAAAGCAAAUUGAUCGGGAAGCACUGAACAUUUUAGGAAUAACAUUCCCCGACGACUACGAUGAGGACUUGACUUUAGGGGAAUACGAUGUAACUUUGCCAAAGGAGGCUCUGGGGGAUGUAUUGAAAAAAGUGCAAGAUGGGGAAAUCACCGGGGAUGAUGAUCUGGAACGAACGGUCGAAACCAAAAUUGAGGAAGUGACUGCAGAAGGAAGGGGACGGAAUGAGGAGGAGGAGAAGGAAGAAGAGAAGGGAGAAGCAUCUAAAGAGGAACCACCGGCGCUGGAAGACACUGAUAAAACAGACGACAUAGAUAUACAGGCCCCUGGGGAACCAGGCCCACAAGGAACAGAAGACGAAAGUGAAGAAACAGUAACGCAGAACGAAGUUAAACCAACUCUUUCUGAUGAGAGCGACCAGGGUGCCUCUUCCUCUUCUAGCAGCAGUAGUAGUAGUUCCUCAUCAAGUGAUGCUGCAGGUGCUGCUUCUCUGGGUGACAUAGUCACCCCUCCUGCUCCUGCCAAACUUACUAGUAACAAGGACAACCCCUUCCUUCCUUACCUUCCUUUGGCUCCUGCCAUGCUUGGUAUUUCUGUUAUGAGCUACAUGCUCUGGAAGUAUUUUGCCUUUCUUGGUAAGGGCAGAAGGCGUUAUAGAAGAGUUCCUAAAGCACUUGGUCCAUCUUUACAAGAACAACUCCUUGCUCAUGUGGACGAAGGUGGUCCACGUGAAUAUUACAUUGUAAAGGAGCGAAAACCUCGUUCUACGCCUAUAAAAAGGAGAAAAAAACGGGAUGUUGGUCGUCGCCGUGCUGGUUAUCGUCGUGGUGUAGGUCGCCGCAUGAUUAUUGAUAUUCAUUUAGAAGUCUUAGACGAAUGUCAAAAAGGGGAACUACAUUUGACAAAGGAAGACUUUUUUGAAAUAAUCGUUCAAGAAUUUAUGGGAAGCAAAUUUAUAAAAGACAAAAAUGUUCCUGAGGAACAAGUUUCUAUGGAAGAUGUUCCUAAGGAACAGGUUCGAAGUUCAGAUUCCGGGUUUAGGGAAAAAGACUUUGUUGCUAAGGAAGAUGUUUCUAAGGAACAGGUUCCAAGAUCAGAUUCCGGGUUUAGGGAAUGA